UACACGUGACCGUGAUCCAACGCGCGUUCGCGCGCUUCGCUUCGGUACAAGGUCGUUCUAACUUCUCCUGUCCUCUAGCCUUCCCUGAGCUUGAGCUUGUGGCCCCACUUCUCUAACAAAUCAAACUGUGCUGACUUCCAAAGCUUGUCAGCGGAGGAACUGGUCUCUUUCUCACACCGAGAAGUAGGGCAUCUACACGAAAGAAAUGCCGUUGAUACGCAUAGAAGUCAGUGACUUCAAGUCAUAUAGAGGCCACCAGACCAUCGGGCCCUUCACCAACUUCACCUCCGUUAUUGGGCCCAAUGGCGCGGGAAAGUCCAACCUCAUGGAUGCCAUCUCCUUCGUCCUCGGAGUGAAGAGCGCGCAGCUCCGAAGUAGCCAACUGAAGGACCUCGUGUACCGCGGUCGCCGUCUUGCAAGGAGUGAUGAAGGGGAAGGCGAAGACCCAGAGGAGGAUGAAGAGGAUGAAGAGGAGGGAGAAGGAACGGCUAAGAAGGCGUGGGUGCUGGCAGUGUUCCAGGAUGCGAGCAAGAAGGAAUGGCGAUUCCAAAGAACUAUCACGACCACGGGCGCGUCCGAGUACAAGCUCAACGGCCAAGUAGUCACCUACUCAGCAUACAACGCUGCACUUGUCUCGCACAACAUCCUCGUUAAGGCGAAGAACUUCCUCGUCUUCCAGGGAGAUGUCGAGGCAGUCGCGUCGCAGUCGCCAAAGGAACUUGCCAAGCUCAUCGACCAGAUCAGCGGCUCUCUGGAGCUUGCGGGCGAAUAUGAGAAGGCGAAGGAGGCUCAAGAACGCGCGACGGAGAAUGCGACAUUCAACUUCACCAAGCGCCGCGGUAUUGCGGGCGAGAUCAAACAGUACAGAGAGCAGAAGACGGAGGCAGAGCGUUUCGAAGCUCUGGGCCAGGAGCGUGACGAGCUUGUACUUCGACGGAUUCUCUUGAAACUCUACCACAUCGAGCAAGGACUUCAGGAACACGCACAGACGAUCAGGACCCAGAACCGGACGCUCGCCGGGCUCCGCGCAGAGCAGCGUAAGCAUGAGGGGGAGCUAACAGAAGCCCGUGCCGAACAAGCCCGCGCUCGUUCAAGCGUGAUGCAAAAGGAGAAGAGGAUCAAGAAAGCGGAGAAGGCGCUGGAAGGCAGGAAACCAGACCUCGUGCAAGUAGAGGCUCAGAUUAUGCACUCCGAGCGGAGGCGAAACAAUGCAAUCCAGGAGAGGGAAAAGGCGGAGCAAGCAGCGGAGAAGCAGAGGGAGCAGCUGCGAGUGCUGCAGGCCGACCUGGAGCGGGUGAAGAAGGCCGCGGACGAUGCCACAGAGGUGCAACGGAGGGCUGCUCAGACCAACUUGUCGCUGAGCGAAGAAAGCCUCGAGGAAUACCGCCACCUUAAGGCGCAGGCGGCUGUUCUCGCCGUCGAGGAACGACAGUCGCUCGAGACGCUUUCUCGAGAUGAGCGGACCUCUGCGCGCGCAUUGGCACAGCUCAAGGAAAGGCAUGAGGGGCAGCAGGAGAAGGCGGAAAGGCUCAGGCGCGAUCGGGACUCACAGACCGAGAAACGCCAGGAGCUGGAAGAAAGGAUCAAGGGGCUCCAGGACGGCCUCACGAACGCCAAGCGGGAGCUGGAGAAGCAGCAGUCCGAGCGCACUAGGAUCGCAAACUUGGAGAAGGAGAUUAACGAGAAGCUCGUUGAUGUGCACAACAAGCUCCUGCAGGCGGGUGUAGAUCAGAAGGAGUCUGAGCGUGAGGCGAAGAUGAAGGAAACGCUGUCGAAUCUGCAGAGGAUCUUCCCUGGCGUCCGUGGCAGGGUGGUCGACCUGUGCAAACCUACGCAGAGGAAGUAUGAGACAGCGGUCUCGGUUGUCUUGGGAAGGAACAUCGAUGCUGUGGUCGUUGAUGAAGAGAAGACCGCCAUCGAAUGUAUCGAGUAUAUGCGCAUACAACGAGCCGGUCAAGCAACAUUCAUCCCGCUCGACACCAUCCAGGUGAAACCGAUUAAUGACAAGUUCCGUUCGUUCGCGAAGGGCGCCCGCCUCGCCAUCGACGUGAUACAGUUCGACCCCGCCGUUGAGCGUGCCAUGCACCAUGCCUGCGGAAAUGCGCUGGUGUGCGACAGCUACGAGAUUGCGGCUUAUGUUUGCUAUGAGAAGAAGCAGGAUGUUAAGGCUGUCACUCUGGAGGGAACGAUCAUCCACAAGACUGGUAUGAUCACCGGUGGUCGUAGCACCCAUGGGAAUGGCCGGAAAUGGGAAGAGAAGGAUGUGCAAGGCAUGCAGCGUGUCCGCGACAACCUGCUCGGCGAACUCCGGGAGCUCAACAAGUCUAAACCUCGCGGAAAGGCUGACGAGAAUAUGGAAUCGGAGAUCAGCAGGCUCGAGUCGGCUUUGUCCGUCGCGAAAGACGACUUGAAAGCGUGCCAACUACGCUUGGACGGCAUCAAGGAGGAGCUCAAGCACGUGGAGAGGGAGAUUCGACGUAUCGAGCCUGAGCUCCGUAAGGCUCAAAGAGAUUACGACUCGCUGAAGGAGAAGAUCGACGAGUUGGCAUCGGUAGUCAAUGCUGCCGAGGACGGGGUCUUUGCCACUUUUUGUCGUAGUAUUGGCGUGUCCAACAUCCGCGAAUACGAGGAGCGGCAGCUCAAGGUCGCCACGGCAGAGAGUGAGGCUCGAUUGCAGUUCGAGAAACAGAUCGCUCGCUUGACACAUCAAUCGAAGUUCAUCGAGGAACAGUUGCAGACGACUGAACAGCGUGUUCAAACUAUCGACACCUUGAUCACGACAGAGGAUGCUAACAUCGUGAAGUACCACGAAACGCAGGAGAACAUCCAAGUGGAGAUCGGGGAAGCAGAAGAGGCCAUCGCCACCUUGCAAGAGGAAAUGAAGGAUCUCAAUGAAGCCCUCGAAGAGAAGAACAAAGUCGUGGAACAAGUCAAGCGUACGACCUUGAAGUCCUCCAAAGCUUUGGAUCAAGCGUUGAAGGAGAUUGCCACUAGGAAUGACGAAAUCGAGAAGCUGGGUCUCGAACGCUCGACCAUAUACCGUAAGUGUAGGCUGGACGAGAUCCGGCUACCUCUCGUCGAAGGCAACUUGAGGAAUGUUCCCAUGGAGGAGAAUCUGCGUGAAGAGGUCGCUAUGGACGUUGACGAAGAUGAGGAAGGGAGUCAGCACGUCAAGCGUAUCCCCGACUAUGGCAUCGAGGUUGACUUCGACAGCCUUGAAGAUGACGAGAGAGAGGAAAAUCCCGCAGAGGCCUUGGCAGACAUCGAUUCGCAAAUAUCUAAGGUCAACUCCGAGAUCGAGCGCCUAGCCCCCAACUUGAAGGCAAUGGAGAGGCUCGACGAUGUCGAGACGAAGUUGAUGGAGACAGAGAGGGAGGCAGAUAAGGCUAGGAAAGACUCCAAGAAUGCCCGUGACCACUUCAAUGAUGUCAAGCGCCGCCGCUGCGACCUCUUCAACAAGGCAUAUAACCACAUCUCUGAACGAAUUGACCAGGUGUACAAAGAUCUCACCAAGGGCAAGGCAGCGCCAAUGGGAGGUGUGGCAUAUCUCAGUUUGGAAGACAGUGAAGAACCAUACAAUGCUGGUAUCAAGUACCAUGCCAUGCCACCUAUGAAACGUUUCCGAGACAUGGAUCAACUGUCCGGAGGCGAGAAGACCAUCGCUGCACUUGCCCUCCUGUUCGCUAUUCAUAGCUAUCAGCCUUCGCCGUUCUUCGUUCUCGACGAAGUUGAUGCGGCAUUGGACAACACGAAUGUGGCGAAGAUCGCAAACUACAUCCGCUCGCACGCUUCGGAGAAGUUCCAGUUCAUUGUCAUCAGUUUGAAAGGCUCGUUAUAUGAGCGAAGCAAUUCUCUUGUCGGCAUUUAUCGAGACCAAGAUGUCAACAGUUCGCGCACGCUGACUCUCGAUCUGACUCAAUACGACGAGUAGAUAUCCAGUCUCGCUAUCGUUGUUGCUUGUUGCUUUGGUGUUGCAGUUGUCAAUGUGUUGUUCUAGUAAUGUGAUGUGAUGUACCAUAAUCCAGAAUGUAGCAGUAGCAUAACCAUAUACAUAAUAUUAACGAAG